AUGGGGUACUAUGAUAUCGAUGAUGUGCUGGCAGAUGGGACAGACUUCCCUUGCAAGUUUCAGUAUGACAUUCCGGGCCUCGGAUAUCUGGAGAACAACCCAGGACGGCCCAUAACCAAAAACACUAAACUAAAUCUACCGCUGUGGUUAGCAAGGAUCUUGGCGAUUGUAGGUGGUGACGAAGCCCUGGUGGACGAAGACCCCGUACCCUUUGUGGAGCUUUUGCCUCCCGACAUGUUUUCUAACAAAGUUAUGAACGCCAUAAAGACGGACCCGGUUGCUCUGGACUUGCAUUCUAUAAAUUCGCAUUUCUUCAGCUUGGCCAUAAAAUGGAUAACACUGUUUAGUGAGAAGGAGCUGGCCAAUGUGGUUAGUGAAUUACUUUUACAACGGGCGCAGGAACUCAAUCACCAUGCAAGUAGUUUGGCGGUCGAUAUCAAUGCAGAUUCAGCUGGAAAGAGUACGGCGAACACUAAUAUUGCAACGAGUACGUUCUUAUUGAAACUGGACGAGAUGGAAAAGGAUAUAUAUAAGAAGUCACACGAAUCAUAUAAGGACACAAAGAGGUGGGUGUUUCAGAAAUAA